GCCUCUCUUUCUUUCUGCAAAUAUACAAGUAGAAGAACAAGCAGAACCUUCUCUCUCUAAUUUUGCACAUAUCUAUAUAUUCGAUACUCUCGCACGCAGCUACUCUCUCUUUCUAGGGUUUCAGACCGGUGGGAACGUACAGUUUGCUGGAGAUUUAGAUAACUCCUGUUUGUAUGAGUUCUUGUCCCUUUUGCUAAAAUCAUUGAUGUGAAAGACAGUUACCCAUAAGCUAUCAAUAAUUUGUUCUGGGUGUGUGAGAGAAAAUGGGAUCUGCUUGUUGUGUUGCUGCUAGAGACAGUACUAUAACAAGUGGAAGACCCAAUGAAACUUUGCAGAGGCAUGUUUGCCAUUCACCAUCAUGGAGCUUUCUAUUGGACAACCGUGGAAGGGUAGCAGGUGAAGAGACUUCUUCAAAUAUAUUACUUAAUGGAGGUGGAGGUGAUGAUCGUUUGGAUGUUAAAUCUGCUACCACUGUGGAAACUGCAUUAGCUUCUGAGGAGGGCAGUUCAUUAGAUAGUUUCCGUUCACUUGCAUGUCGGAAGUCCCCAGUUUCAGAUGGAAAUGGUGGAAUUUUAAGGUUUCCAUCUUCUGAUCUAUCUGUUUCGCAGAACCUUGUAGAGUUGAAGCAACCAGCUGAAUCUGCAGCACUAUCGUACCCAUCUCCUGUUAAGCUAUCUCCUUCAGCCCCUUCAAUUUCACCCAUGUCGAUGUCUCCUUUGUCAUCCCACAGCCACAUGCUUCCUCCAAAUUUGACCCCUUCCAGGUGGAGUCGCCGUUCUCCUGGACAGCAGCUGCUACGACAAGUAUCUGAUAGCCCAAUUCCAGAAUACAAGUCGCGUGAAUUCUCAAUUUCUGAAGCGUCUUCUUUUGUUCUCCCUGCUUGGGGCUAUGAAUCAACAAGAGGAUCCAAUGGUGGGUCGUCUGAUGGUUGGUCGAUUCCUCCAUUCUCUGAGCUCAUGACGACUCGGAAAGAGAGAUGGUCUUUUGAUAGUGAAAACUCGGGCAUCAGUAGGGACAAAAUAACCAGAUCUGCUGGACAAAAUUCAGGAUCUCCUUCUUUUGAUCUCCAAAGUUGUGGUGUUUGUGCUAAGCUUUUAACAGAGAGAUCCUUGUUGGGCAGCCAAAAAAUAAUAGCUACCAAUGAACUUGCCAUGGUUGCUGUGUUGAUUUGUGGACAUGUUUACCAUGCCGAAUGCUUGGAGUAUAUGACACCUGAGAUCAACAAAUAUGACCCUGCUUGCCCUGUCUGUACUUUUGGGGAGAAGCGGGCCAUGAAGAUGUCUGAAAAGGCCAUCAAAGCUGAAUUAGAUUCAAAGGCUAGAAAGCGAUCAAGGAACCGUAUUGUCGAUAGUGAUGAUCUCAUCUUGUUUGAUCAUCAUAAAUGUGGUGGGCAUGAAGGUAGGGGUCCCAAAAUGAGUUCAAGUUCCAGCAUGAAAAGCUCGACAGGAAAGCCUUUCUUGAGACGCCACUUCUCAUUUGGGAUGAAGGGACAUAAAUUGUCCGAGAAUCAUUCUGCUCGAAGAAAGGGGUUUUUCUGGUCAAAGUCUAGUAAGGAAUGAACUUCUUGAUGAGUUUUAAGGAAAUUCUUCCACAGUUUCAUCUCUCUGCUGCCAUGAUUUGACAGUGAACAUGAAUGAAGCAGUCGACAUAGUAUGUGGUCAUCAUUGCAGAUGACAUAUGUAGUAGUAGCUGAAGGCACAUUGUAAAGAAUGGGGUAUAAUACGUUUAAGGUUCAAUUCAUUAUUAAUAUAGAAAAAAGAAAAUGAUAAGAAUGUCAAUUAUGAAACUGGUUACAUUUUGUUUUGUAGAAUUGAAGUUUGAUUGUUUCAUGUUCAAGUGCAUGAAAAAUAGUCUUGGUGACAUAAUGCAUGGUGGUUGAGCAAUAUUUCUUAA